CGCAGCGGCGCGCGCUGUUUCCGGAAGUGUCCUGUGCUGUUUCGUGGCGGCCUCCGACAUCCCCACGCUGCUUUUGCUGCGGAACUCUGCGCGUGGACCGGCGUCAGCCUGGGCGGGGCCAAGGUUCCGUCUGCGCCGCAGGAUGGAGAUAAUCCGGAGCAAUUUUAAGAUUAAUCUUCACAAAGUGUACCAGGCCAUAGAGGAGGCUGACUUCUUCGCCAUCGAUGGGGAGUUUUCAGGAAUCAGCAAUGGACCCUCAGUAACAGCAUUAACAAGUGGUUUUGACACCCCAGAAGAGAGAUAUCAGAAGCUUAAAAAGCAUUCCAUGGACUUUUUGCUGUUUCAGUUUGGCCUUUGUGCUUUUAAGUAUGACCACACAGAUUCCAAGCAUGUAACGAAGUCAUUUAACUUCUAUGUUUUCCCCAAGCCUUUCAGUAGGUCCUCACCAGAUGUCAAGUUUGUUUGCCAGAGCUCCAGCAUUGACUUCCUGGCGAGCCAAGGAUUUGACUUUAAUAAAGUGUUUUGCAGUGGGAUUCCAUAUCUGAAUCAGGAAGAAGAAAGGCAGCUGAGAGAGCAAUUCGAUGAAAAACGGUCUCAAGCCAAUGGGGCAGGAGCUCUGGCAAAAUGUCCUGUGACCAUCCCUGAGGAUCAGAAGAAGUUUAUUGACCAAGUAAUAGAGAAGAUAGAGGAUUUCCUACAAAGUGAAGAGAAGAGGAGCCUGGAACUUGACCCAUGCACUGGGUCAGUUGGCUUGUUUGUUGCAAGCAUUCCUUUUUAGGAGAGGAGGACUUCUGCAUUUGGAUGCAUAUGGCUGUUGGUUUUCUUUGUUUGUUUGUUUGUUUGUUUGUUUGAGACAGGGUUUCUCUGUAACAAGCCUUGGCUAUCCUGGACUCUCUUUGUAGACCAACAGAUGCACCUGCCUCUGUUUCCUGAGUGCCGGGAUUAAAGGCUUGUUUCAUCACACCUGGCUUGGAUGUGGUCUUUCUGUCACAGGUUCCAAAGAAAACUUAUUUAUCAGACUUUGAGUUGGAAGUAUCCUAAAGGCAUUCAUGUUGAGACAUUAGAGACUGACAAGAAGGAAAGACAUAUAGUUAUCAGCAAGGUGGAUGAAGAAGAACGCAAAAGGAGAGAGCAGGAGAAGUACACAAAGGAGCAGGAGGAGCUGAAUGAUGCUGUGGGGUUUUCAAGAGUCAUCCAUGCCAUUGCUAAUUCGGGGAAGCUGGUUGUGGGACACAACAUGCUCUUGGAUGUCAUGCAUACGAUUCAUCAGUUCUACUGCCCCCUGCCUGCGGACCUGAAUGAGUUUAAGGAGAUGGCAAUAUGUGUCUUCCCCAGACUCUUGGAUACUAAGUUGAUGGCCAGCACACAGCCUUUUAAGGAUAUCAUUAACAACACAUCCCUUGCAGAGUUGGAAAAGCGGUUGAAAGAGACACCUUUUGACCCUCCCAAAGUUGAAAGUGCAGAAGGCUUUCCAAGCUACGACACAGCUUCUGAGCAGCUUCAUGAGGCGGGGUACGAUGCCUACAUCACAGGGCUCUGCUUCAUCUCCAUGGCAAAUUACUUAGGUUCUUUACUCAGUCCUCCAAAAAUGUGUGUGUCUGCCAGAUCAAAGCUCAUUGAACCCUUUUUUAACAAGUUAUUUCUUAUGAGGGUCAUGGAUAUUCCCUAUUUAAACUUGGAAGGGCCAGACUUGCAGCCUAAGCGGGACCAUGUUCUCCACGUGACCUUCCCCAAAGAGUGGAAAACCAGCGACCUGUACCAGCUCUUCAGCGCCUUCGGUAACAUUCAGAUAUCCUGGAUUGAUGAUACAUCAGCCUUCGUUUCUCUCAGCCAGCCAGAACAAGUACAAAUUGCCGUUAAUACCAGCAAGUACGCUGAAAGUUAUCGGAUCCAGACCUAUGCUGAGUAUGUGGGAAAGAAGCAGAAAGGCAAGCAGGUCAAGAGGAAGUGGACAGAAGACAGUUGGAAGGAGGUGGACAGAAAGCGGCCCCACAUGCAGGGCCCCUGUUACCACAGCAACAGCUUCACAGCCGCUGGCAUGCUUGGAAAGAGGACGCUGAGUCCCGACCCAAGGGAAGCUGCCUUGGAGGACAGAGAAUCAGAGGAGGUAUCUGACUCGGAGCUUGAACAGACAGAUUCCUGUACAGACCCCCUCCCAGAGGGAAGGAAAAAGUCCAAGAAGUUAAAACGAAUGAAGAAGGAGCUUUCCUUGGCAGGAAGUGUCUCGGAUAGCCCUGCCGUGCUCUUUGAAGUCCCUGACACAUGGUAGUGGAGUACUGCUGCGACAGCCCAGCCUACCUGCUUGGAAGCCAUACUGUAGACACUUAACCAGAUAUGGCCUGGGGGAGUUUUGGAACCAGAUUGUUUCCUGCAAAGCUACUUUUUACUGUUUUGGCUGCAUCUAUUGUCCCUUUUAGUCUAAACUGACCUUUGGCACACGUCGUGGUUGAGGGCUUCUGCAAGCGUGUGUGUUAUUAACUAAUUACUUCCUGCUCCUUGAAAACCUGCCUGCCCUGGUGAAUGUUGGCAAGUCCACCCAGGGAGUAAGUCAGCUGUGAACCACGCCAGGAGAGCCAACCUCCGGGGUGUUCUAGGCAGAUUUCUGCAGAGCUUCUCCUGCCCGAGAUGUGCCCUGCCAUCCUCCCACUGCUGCCCAGAAACAGCACACAGGCUUGUCUUUUCAGUGGGAGAUUCCUGUGCUAGCUCAGGCUCAUCUCAACAGAUGCCCAGGCUUUGAGAGCUUGUUAUUUCAAGUUUCUUUCCCUCAGAUAGGAGUGUGUCCCGGGUGUGGUGACAUGUGUGUGAGAAGCUGGCUCUUCUGUUCCUACGCACAGGGUUCACGGUGCAGCAGCUUCUCCUGGUUUUUACUGUAUGUCUUUGUGUGUCUGUAUCUGGGUACAUGGUGUGUGUGUGUGUCUGUCUGUGUGUGUGUCUGUGUGUGUGUGUAUGUGUCUGUCUGUCUGUCUGUCUGUCUGUGACAGCGGCAGGCCUACAGCAUGCAUCAAGUCCUCAUUCAGACAGGUUUCAGUGGCAGAGCCUCACUUGCUCCUGCAGGAUACCCCACAGCAGACACUUCUGGACAUGUAAUGCUUUUGUAUCAUGAAAAUAAAAGUGAAAAAGUAAUUUCAAAAAGCUGAAAUUAAAGAAAA